AUGUCAAGGUCUGAGGCUGCGCAAAUCCACGGAAAAGAGCAUAUGAACUUCUGCUGGAAUAGCUCUUGCCUCGAGCAGAAAAAUGAGAGAUAAUCUCAGAUCUGCCUCCUCGGUGACCGGCGCUCCUCGCCGCCGCCGAGGAGGGCCCUCUCCCUUUUUUCUCUUCUUCGGUCUCCUCUCGUCUCUGCUUUGUUCCUUUUUCAGCGGAGAUUUUCGUCUUGGUAUGGUCGAGUUCCGGUGGCGGUUCUCUCUUCCGGCGGUGGAGUGUGGCAAAUCGACUUCUCCCAAGGCGUUGAGCUACUGCUUUUCGUCGACCUAGGCGCUCGCGGUGAAAGGUCUUUCAGAUCUGGUUGGUGGAGCAGGUACGGAGCUUUUGAGGACGAGGCUCCAGCGACAUCAGUCAGGCUUGGUGAUUCCCUACCCUCGGGUGUGUCUGUGUGUCGGUUUUGUGGAUCUGCCAUCUUCUCUCGACUUUCCCUUCGGUGUGGUGGUUUUUGGGGUGGUGGCUUUCUCGUAGUGCUCCGGAAGAGGUGGUAUUCUUUGAUGGUGAAUCAGGGUAUGCUCUGGUCUCAGUCAAGGACAAAUUCUGUGGUCGUUAGGUUCAGAGAUCUUUCGGUUCAGCGGUUUCCGGUUCGUCGCUCGUUUUUGGUCAUCGGUGGCUCCUCUUCUUCCUCCAGCGUCGUAAGUUGUUAG